UGUUUGUUUGUCCACACAACCCUAAAACCCUUCACGCCGAAUAAACCCUUCAACUUCGAUUCCUCGCGCCGCUUACCCACUCUUUGAAAUCACCCGAUUAAAGUCCCCAGUUUGUAACAAUCUCAAAGCCACAGAGACUGCUGAACCCUAAUUGUCUCCCUUCUUGCAGAAUCCCUAAUCUCCUCGAACUAAUUAGCACAGUUUACACACCCUCAGAAAGCGGCACCGUCAAACGCAAUGGCUCAAGCUCAAACCACAGAGGGAGCAUCCCAGGUGGUGGAAUCUGUUAGAUUCAGUUUUAUGACAGAGAGAGAUGUUCGGAAGCAUAGUUUCCUGAAAGUUACGAGUCCUGUAUUACUCGAUAACGUUGAGAGGCCUGUUCGUGGUGGUCUCUAUGAUCCUAUCAUGGGUCCUUUAAAUGAUAAAGAAGCUUGUGAAUCAUGUGGUCAACUCAAGCUUUGUUGUCCAGGACAUUGUGGUCAUAUCGAGCUUGUCUAUCCUAUUUACCAUCCUUUGCUCUUCAGUCUUCUUUACAAUUUUUUGCAGAGGACCUGUUUCUUCUGUCAUCACUUUAUGGCAAAAGCGAAUGACGUUAAGAAAUGUGUUUCUCAGCUGAAACUUAUUAUGAAGGGUGAUGUAGUUUCCGCGAAGCAAGUGGAGGUUAAAAGUGACAGCACUUCUACUGAGUCAGAGAAUAGUGACGUAAGCUGUGAUUCAGGUUUAACCAAUGAUUCAUCCCAAGAAUGUGAAGAUUCUGAUAUGGAAGACCAGAGAUGGACAUCUCUUCAGUUUGCUGAAGUCACUGCUGUCAUGAAGAAUUUUAUGAAGUUGUCAUCAAAGGAGUGUGAUAAAUGCAAAGCAAAAAAUCCUAAAUUGGAGAAACCUAUGUUCGGAUGGAUUCGCAUGGUAUGUCCUCUUAAAAGUUAUUGGAUGUUCUUGAAUCAAAAUUUGUUCGUCAAAGUAAUUUUUUUUUAUGGUAUGCAUAAAUGAAAAUUUAGUCCAUGUUUCUAAUUGGGAAAAAAAAAAAAA